UCAUCACUACAGAACGAAGCCGUUUUCCAAAUCACAGGAGCUCAACAAAUUUUCUCUCUCUAGAGCUUUCUUUUUCUCUUUUAGAUUCAGUACAACAAUGGCGUUCAAGAAAACCUUAGCCCAGCGCCUCUUCAAUGUUUCCAGAAUCUCCACACAGGCUCUCAGCAACUGUCGAGUUUCGUCACCGCGGGUUCUGGCCAGAACCGGAAUCCCUCAAAACGAGAGUCAAACAACUCUCCCGCACGAUCCGGGAGAUAAUGGCAUGUUCAAGCGUUUUCUCCACAGGAGAGCAAUUUUCCAAAAUGAAUUGGCGCAGGAACUCCAGUCAGUCUGGGUCGGAGAUAAACUUAUUGACAAACUGCGGGAGAUCGACAUUUCGAAGAACCGGAUCCAACUGGACAGACUGAUUCCUCCGCCGGCCAUGUCUCCAGAGAAGACGUCGACCGAUGUGCCCGGCGGAUUGAAGGUGGAGGAUACGAAAAAGUUGCUGAGGGUAGCGCAGUUGGAGUUGGUGAAAAUGAGGCUGAGAGAAACAGAGAAAAGCUGGAUAUCAUAUUCAGAUUUUGUUCGGAUCUGCACGGAUGCUUGUGCUGAUCCGGAGCAAGGAAAUCGGAUUGCCAAGACGAUUGACGAGUCCGGAGCCGUCGUCGUAUUAGGAAACGCAGUUUUGCUGAGGCCGGAACAGGUUGCGAAAGCAAUUGCAGGGCUAAUACCAUUUCCCAUAGCCAACCCGAAGGAUCCGAGAAGAAAGGAACUUGAAGAAAUGGAGAAGCAGAAAGCCAAAAUUGACAAAAAAGCAGAGUCCUUGGUCCGCCGAGAACUCUGGUGCGGACUCGGAUACCUAGUAGUCCAAACGGCCGCAUUCAUGAGGCUGACUUUCUGGGAGCUUUCAUGGGAUGUGAUGGAGCCCAUCUGCUUCUAUUUGACAUCCACGUACGUCAUGGGUGCCUAUUUCUUCUUCCUUAGAACGUCCAAAGAGCCUACUUUUGAAAGCCUGCACGAGAGCAGGUUUAGUGCAAAGCAGAAGAGGCUGAUGAAGAUUCAGAAUUUUGAUAUUGGGAGGUACAAGGAGCUCAGAAGAGCUUGUGAUCCAUACUCUUCCUUGUCGUCGGCAUCAGAUCAUGCAGACAAGUAGCAGUUUGGUGCUUUGAUAUUUUGAACUUAGAACAAGGUGCGGAGAGAGAAGAUUAUCCCCUAAAAUAUUUCAUACAUAAUUGUGUAUAUUAAUCCGUUUGUCGGUUUACCGCUAAUUACCCAGUUGUUUAGAUGGUA